AUGCUGAUGAAGACACUCAGGACUUUUGGAUAUGCAAGAUCAUCAGUGUUCUCCAUAAGAGGCUCCAUGUCCACUGGUGGAACUUCACUAAUGGAUGCUGGACUGACCAUGGCUCAGAAAGCACUGUUCCAAUGGGGUCUGUUUUAG